AUGUCGUCCUCUUUUCGGGGUUCUUGCCUAUGCGGCGGGAUUGAGAUCCAGACUUCGUCGACACCACUCGCUGUCCUCUCCUGUUUUUGCAUUCAUUGUAGCAAGGGUGCCGGUGGGUCGCACCAAAUAAUUGCAAAGUUUGAGACUCAAUUCGUCCGAGUCCUCUCAGGGAGCAAUCUCAUCUGCAACUUCACGUUGGCCGACACAUCCAGUGGUUCUCCAAAAGAAAAGUCGUUCUGUCGCACUUGUGGGACCCCGCUGUGGACGACCCCCUCAUCCGCAAAGGGGCGAUACAUACUCAUCCGGACGAGUCUGUUGGAGGGCGGCACCGAACUGCGACCUGAUUCGGAGAUUUUUGUCAAGUUUCGGCCGCCUUGGCAGCAAGUGGUCGACGGAGCUGUGCAAUGGGAGCAGAUGAGAAAAUAA